UCUCACGGGUGUUGUCAAACAUUGGAGCUCAUUUCGCCGCGCCAGUAUCAAGCAGCAAGGCAAGGCGACAGCAGGCAGUAUUAGUGCAGCAACGAAAAGUGCGUCGCUUAAACGCCUGUCCGCUACCGAUUCGCUUGCAUAUAUGAUAUCAUCACACAAAUACAUUAAACACUUAUAAAGAAAAAUGUCUACUGAAGCACAGAAUACGGAUGCCGCUGUGGAGCAAAUGACACAGGAAGUCAAGGACGUCAAGCUUGAGAACGGGAACGCGCCGGGAGCAUCCAAUGGAACGUCCAGUAAGAGCGAGGAUAGCGCCUUAUCUUUCAAGGAAGCCUUCAAGGCGUUUUCCAAAUUUGGAGAUCCCAAGUCCGAUGGAAAAGCCAUCACGCUCUCGCAAAGCGACAAAUGGAUGAAACAAGCCAAAGUUAUUGAUGGAAAGAAAAUAACAACAACGGACACGGCUAUUCACUUCAAAAAACUCAAAUCGGUAAAACUCGGCAUCGACGACUACCAGAAGUUUCUAGAUGAUCUCGCGAAGAACAAAAAAGUGGAACUUGACGAAAUUAAGAAGAAGUUGACAACUUGCGGCCAACCGGGAAUUACAUCACACGUUACAAAAUCACCGGCAGCCGCAGCGGCCGUAGAUCGAUUGACAGACACGAGCAAAUAUACUGGCUCGCACAGGCAGCGCUUCGAUGAAACUGGAAAAGGGAAGGGAAUCGCCGGCAGGAAAGACUUAGUCGACGGGUCCGGCUACGUCACUGGAUACCAACAUAAAGAUACUUACAAUAAAUCUCACUAAAUCCAAAUAAAAAAUUUUGCGCAACUA